CGUAGGGAAAGCUGGAGGUGCCCGCCAGCAGCGGAGGUCGCAAAGAGCUCCUGUCUGACCGGACGUCCAUUCCACCAGCGUUCAACAACAACACCAGACACCAUCAUCCAAACCCAAUCCCCUUCACCAUACCUGCAAUCGCCCCGACUGUCGUGCCGAAGCUCUACGAGGUCGACCACAUAAUCAAACAAUAAUAGUGAUUGCACACUACCGACCGCAGUCGUAAUAUUGCCCAAGAUGGCGUUGAAUUUGGAUUUGUCGAACGCGGUGAUGAUGAAGGAUGAGCAGGGCCGCCCUCUCAUCGUUGUCAGAGAUCAAGGAAAGAAGAAGAGGCAAUACGGAAACGAAGCCGUCAAGAACCACAUUCUCGCCGCCAGAACCGUCGCAAACAUUGUCAAGACUUCCCUGGGACCUCGUGGCCUCGACAAGAUCCUCAUCUCGCCCGACGGCGAUAUCACAGUGACCAACGAUGGCGCGACCAUUCUACAACAAAUGGAGAUCACAAAUCACGUUGCCAAGCUACUAGUCGAGCUCUCCAAGUCCCAGGAUGACGAGAUUGGUGAUGGCACCACAGGUGUCGUUGUGCUUGCUGGCGCGCUGCUCGAGCAGGCGGCAGAGCUUAUUGACAAGGGUAUCCACCCCAUCAGAAUCGCCGACGGUUAUGACCAAGCUUGCGACAUUGCUGUGGCCGAGCUUGACAGAAUUUCCGAUGUUAUCGAAUUCAGCAAGGAGGAAACCGCAAACCUGGUCAAGGUCGCGAGGACAAGUUUGGGCAGCAAGAUCGUCUCCAAGGCCCACGACCAGUUCGCCAACAUUGCCGUCGAUGCGGUCCUCUCCGUCGCCGAUCUGGAGCGCAAGGACGUCGAUUUCGAGCUCAUUAAGGUGGACGGCAAGGUUGGAGGUGCUCUCGAAGACACUAUCCUCGUCAAGGGUGUUAUUAUCGACAAGGACUUCUCGCAUCCCCAGAUGCCUUCCGAGGUUAGGGACGCCAAGAUUGCCAUUCUCACAUGCGCCUUCGAGCCUCCCAAGCCCAAGACUAAGCACAGACUCGACAUCACCAGCGUUGAGGAGUUCAAGAAGCUGCAGACGUACGAGCGCGAGAAGUUUAUCGAGAUGAUUCAGCAAAUAAAGAACACUGGUGCCAAUCUGGCCAUCUGCCAGUGGGGUUUCGACGACGAGGCGAACCACUUGCUCCUCCAGAACAACCUCCCUGCUGUCCGAUGGGUCGGUGGUCCCGAGAUUGAGCUGAUUGCGAUUGCCACAAACGGUCGCAUUGUUCCUCGCUUCGAGGAUCUCAAGCCCGAGAAGCUCGGUAGGGCUGGUGUUGUUCGCGAGAUGACAUUCGGUACGACAAGGGAGAAGAUGCUUGUGAUCGAGGAGUGCGCCAACACCAGGGCCGUGACUGUCUUUGUCAGGGGUAGCAACAAGAUGAUCAUCGAUGAGGCUAAGCGUUCUCUUCACGACGCUCUUUGCGUCGUGCGCAACCUUGUUCGUGACAACCGUGUUGUCUACGGUGGUGGUUCGGCCGAGAUUGCCUGCAGCUUGGCCGUUGAGGACGCUGCUGUCAAGUCCCCUGGCUUGGAGCAGUACGCCAUGCGUGCCUUCGCCGACGCUCUCGACACUAUCCCCAUGACCCUGGCCGAGAACAGCGGUCUUAACCCCAUCGCUACCCUGGCCGAGGUCAAGAGCCAACAGGUCAAGGAUCCUGCUGGUCGCGGCCGUCUUGGUGUUGACUGCAUGGGCCGUGGCUCGAACAACAUGAAGGAGGCUUUCGUCAUUGACCCCCUCAUCGGCAAGAAGCAGCAGCUCAUGCUUGCGACGCAGCUCUGCAGAAUGAUUCUCAAGAUCAACAAUGUCAUUGUGUCUGGGUCGGGCGAGGAAGAUUACUAAGCUAUGAGCAAGGGAAAGAGAGCGAUGUAUGAUGCGUGGGGGAAGGGACAGAACCUAUACAUCCAAGGGCUGUCCCUCCUGGAGAAUUGUAUGUGGGCGUUUGACAUUAACCGAGUCAAAAGGAAGAAAUCGCGCAAUGUCAAGAUAAGAUAUUGUAGGAAUAUCAUGGUUGUAAUGACCGCUUGGUUCAGACCAUGCAACGCAUAUAGAGAAGUACUUGUAGAUACCAAAACAAGACGUGUGAAGACGAAGGAUGGAGCAAGGUUCCUUCAUCACAGUUGUGCCAGGAUAUCAAAAUUUCAAUGCGGU